GGGCCGGGGCGGGACCGGACCUCACCGGGCCAGGCAAGAUGGCGACCAUGGAGACCGAGUCGACACCGCUGACCCUAGAAUCGCUCCCUACCGAUCCACUGCUCCUCAUCUUAUCCUUCUUGGACUACCGGGACCUAAUCAAUUGUUGCUAUGUCAGUCGAAGACUUAGCCAGCUAUCAAGUCAUGAUCCUCUGUGGAGAAGACAUUGCAAAAAAUACUGGCUGAUAUCUGAGGAAGAGAAAACACAGAAGAAUCAGUGUUGGAAAUCUCUCUUCAUAGACACUUACUCUGAUGUAGGAAGAUACAUUGACCAUUAUGCUGCUAUUAAAAAGGCUUGGGAUGAUCUCAAGAAAUAUUUGGAGCCCAGGUGUCCUCGGAUGGUUUUAUCUCUGAAAGAAGGUGCUCGAGAGGAAGACCUAGAUGCUGUGGAAGCUCAGAUCGGUUGUAAGCUUCCUGAUGAUUAUCGAUGUUCAUAUCGUAUCCACAACGGGCAGAAGUUAGUGGUUCCUGGGUUGUUGGGAAGUAUGGCACUGUCUAAUCACUAUCGUUCUGAAGAUUUGUUAGACGUCGAUACAGCUGCCGGAGGAUUCCAGCAGAGACAGGGACUGAAAUACUGUCUCCCUUUAACUUUUUGCAUACAUACUGGUUUGAGUCAGUACAUAGCAGUGGAAGCUGCAGAGGGUCGAAAUAAAAAUGAAGUUUUCUACCAAUGUCCAGACCAAAUGGCUCGGAAUCCAGCUGCUAUUGACAUGUUUAUCAUAGGUGCUACUUUUACUGACUGGUUUACCUCUUACGUCAACAAUGUUGUAUCAGGUGGCUUUCCUAUCAUCAGAGACCAAAUUUUCAGAUAUGUUCAUGAUCCAGAGUGUGUAGCAACGACUGGAGAUAUUACUGUUUCAGUUUCCACAUCAUUUCUGCCAGAACUUAGCUCUGUACAUCCACCCCACUAUUUCUUCACGUACCGAAUCAGGAUUGAAAUGUCAAAGGAUGCACUUCCUGAGAAGGCAUGUCAGUUGGACAGUCGCUAUUGGAGAAUAACAAAUGCUAAAGGUGAUGUAGAAGAAGUUCAAGGACCUGGAGUAGUUGGUGAAUUUCCGAUCAUCAGCCCAGGUCGAGUAUAUGAAUACACAAGCUGUACCACAUUCUCUACAACAUCAGGAUAUAUGGAAGGGUAUUAUACCUUCCAUUUUCUUUACUUUAAAGACAAGAUCUUUAAUGUUGCCAUUCCCCGAUUCCAUAUGGCAUGUCCAACAUUCAGGGUGUCUAUAGCCCGAUUGGAAAUGGGUCCUGAUGAAUAUGAAGAGAUGGAAGAAGAAGAGGAGGAGGAGGAGGAAGAAGAUGAUGAGGAUGAUUCGGCAGAUAUGGAUGAAUCAGAUGAGGAUGAUGAGGAAGAGAGACGGAGGAGAGUCUUUGAUGUUCCCAUUCGCAGACGACGCUGCUCACGCCUUUUUUAGCAAGGCUCCUGCUAAUGGAAGCACCGAGAUGAUUCUAGUCUGUUAAACAGAUUUCUCAAUAAUGUAAAUAACUAAAUUGUUUGCAGCAUAUAGCAGGAAAACUAGCAUGAUAUAUUGUUUGAGGCCCUGGGUUCUAUGUGACAUUACAUUUGAAAUUGGAUUGUUUUGGUUUGCUUUGUGUUUUUGAAGUAGAAGAGGAAAUGAGAAUCUUUUUUUUCUCUUCCAGGAGUCAGUGGAGGAAUAGUUCUCUAGCUAAGGAAUAGACAUUUCUUUGUUUUAAAAUAUUUUAUACUUAUAAAAAUGUAGAAAUGGAGAGGGAAUUGUUUUGAGUGAGGAUUUAAAAUGUAGCAGAAAUACCUACGCAAGAAUAGAGAGAAACUGUGACUGAAUGAUUCUGUGAAAAGACUUCUUGCAGUUGUAAGCUAUUUAGAAAUAAACAAAAUUUGUAACUAGACUAAUCCAUUUAGUGAUUCCUAAUAUUUUGUACUCACAGGGAACUAACUGACUAACUUGACUGCUAGUGGUUUGUCCUUUCUUAGACAAUCUAUCCUUGACUUUAAAGUGUUUAUCACUAAGACCUUGAAUCUAAAUUUUUUGUCACCACACCCUUGAACUUAAUUUAAAGUUUUCAACACAAUGACCUUUAAUUCAAAUCUUCAACUCUUUGGCCUUUAUCAUAUUAUUCACAGAUGCAUCAUUUUUGAAAUGUAGUGUGUAAAAGUAUGUAGUGUGUUGCUUAACAAAAGAUUCUUCACUAUGUCUCACGUAGUCUAAAUUUGUAAAUACCUCUUCUGUUUUGGUUCUGCUUUAUACACUUGACUGUCUAACUUUAUGAUAAGUGACAUGAAUUUUAUGUUAGGAUUAAGUAUGUUUUCCUGAAACAUGGGUUUUUUUGUAAUUAUAUAAUUGAGAGUUAAGAAUGACAUCCUUCAAGUGUUAAAAACUCACAUUUUAAAAGCAAAUUUUGGUUC